GACCCCGCGAUGUUCGAGAAGUACGACCUAGACACCCUGUUCUUCAUCUUCUAUCGAACAGGGGACCUACCAGCAACAUCUGGCUGCAAGGGAGCUCAAGAAGCUGUCGUGGCGGUACAACACAAAGUACUUCUCCUGGUUCCUACGCCAUCAGGACCCCGUGCUGGUGGAGAGCGAGUUCGAGCAGGGCUCGUACGUCUAUUUCGACGUCGAGAAGGAGUGGUGCCAGCGAGUCAAGCACAACUUCAAGUUCGAGUAUGA